AGAGUGCAUUUCUAUCUGGAUCAUGCCCGUGGUCGAAGAGAACCGUGUCAUAGUUAAAGGAAAACUUUUGUUGUAAACUGGUAAUAACCCAAUUUGGUAAUAGUUUUCAGAAAUACGGUGACAGGCACACGGUCGACCGGUUGAACCGUAUAGAAGUUUCUUAAUGACGCUCACUGUGCAGAACUUGACAGCGUUUGAAGUUGAAGUACAGACACCUUUUCUUGGUACUUAAAAACUACAGGGCCACACUGAGCUCAAUAAAAGUCAUAUAUUAACUACAAUGACACAGGGUACAGUGUAUCUAAUCCAGACUAGAAGAUUAGUUCGACUCGGAUAGACGGAAAGGUUAGUCUUGGGGGAGAGGCGACUGGAUUAGUUUAGUUUUAAUUGUGUUCCUGUCCUGGCAUACGAAACUCUACCACGAGUGCACACCAAGGAAGUGUGCAAAAGCCGAGUCAUUCAGCACGGAGCUGUUUGUUUGUUAUUGUGUGUGACAUUGAUAUUAUCGGCGUUAUUGUUAUAACAUUGCGGAUAUUAUUGAAGAUCAGCAGCCAUGAGACUGCGCUGCUUCCCCCCCGGUUCGCUGCUGCUCCUCGGCUUGUGUCUGAGCGGUCGUCGGGGGCUCGCUUCUGCACCGGAGCUCCGGGCUCUUGCUGGCCGAUAUCGUCCGAAAAAAAUAGCCGUGGUGGGAGCUGGGAUCGGGGGUACUGUAGCUGCCUAUUUCUUGCGGAAGGAGUUUGGCGCGGGGGUGCAGGUGGACGUGCUGGAGCCCGGGCCGGUGGGAGGGCGGCUGGGCACGGCUCAGAUCGGUGGGGAUGAGUACGAGACGGGGGGCUCCGUACUGCACCCCCUCAACCUGCACAUGAAGCACUUCGUGGAGCAGCUGGGCCUGUCCCAGAGGCGCACGGUCCCGUCCCACAUGGCGAUAUUCGACGGAGAGCAGAUCGUCUUCGAGGAGAGCGACUGGUUCAUCAUCAACUUCCUGCGACUGCUGUGGCACUACGGACUCAACUUCCUGCGCAUGCAGAUCUGGGUGGAGGGCGUAAUGGACAAGUUCAUGAGGAUUUAUCAGUUUCAGUCGUUCGGUUACUCGUUUUCCUCUGUGGAGCGGCUCCUGCACGCACUGGGCGGGGAUGAGUUCCUGUGGAUGACCAAUCACACGCUGGACCAGGCCAUGCAGGAGGCGGGCUUCUCACAGCACUUCCUGAACGAGGUCGUCACGCCCAUCAUGAAGGUCAACUACGGGCAGAGCGUCAAGAUCAACGCUUUUGUAGGUGCGGUGUCCCUGGCUGGCGCAGACUCAGGGCUGUGGGCAGUGGAGGGGGGAAACAAGCUGGUGUGCUCAGGGCUGCUCUACCACAGCAAGGCCACGCUGGUACCUGGCAAAGUCACCUCCAUCACUGUCAAGACACGGCCAAGCAAGACCGGGGGCACGGUCUCCAUGUAUGAAGUCAGCUACACAGGGCAGUCUGGAGCAGCCCACAGCCUGUAUGACAUCGUCUUCAUCGCCACCCCCUUGCACCCGGGCAAAUCAGACAUCUCCUUCCCCAACUUCAGCCCUCCGAUCCCCAGCCACUUCUCGGGUCGCUACCACCAAACUGUGGCCACGCUGGUUCAGGGUCGCCUCAACACCUCCUACUUUGGUCUUCAUUUCUCCAGCGAUUCCCGUGUGUCUGAAGUGCUGAUGAUGGAGCGCGAGGGGCUGGCGGUGCACAGCGUCAGCUCUCUGGACCCUGUGACGGUACCCCAGGGGUACAGCAGACCCCCGGCGAGCCAGCCCAAGGUGUGGAAGGUGUUUUCUCCCGCGCCUCUCAGCGAGGCCCAGCUGGGGGCACUGUUCCUGUCGCGGGAUGCCGUUUCGGAGACGCGCUGGCUGGCGUACCCCGCCUACACCACGCCCCGACUCCUGCCCCCCGUGGUGCUGCACGACCGGCUGUACUACCUCAGCGGGAUCGAGUGGGCCGCCAGCGCCAUGGAAAUGAGCGCCAUCGCCGCCCGCAACGCCGUGCUGCUGGCACACCACCGCUGGCACGGCAUGGAGGACAGGACAGACCAGGAGGAUCUGCACACCCGGCUGAAGAACGAGCUCUGAGCGCUGGGGAGAGGGGAGAUUGAGGAGGGGGAUGGGGGUUGGCAGGGCUGGGUGGGGGGCACCGAAGUGCCUCUAACUACCACAGAAUCAAAUCAAGCACAGAUUACGUCACAAACGAGAUGGUCUGUAAUCAUAUCAAACGCAAACAUUUAACAGAAUCUACCAUUUAUGACCAUAUCAAAAAGAUAUCAUGUAACGGAAACCGAUGCAUGAAGGACAGUCUUUCUGUCCUCUAUUUUAACUUUUUUUUUUUUUUUUUACUGUAAGAAUUAAUUUUUUUUCAGCUAAUUCACUAGUGGUAAUUAUGAAAGAAUAAUUGAACCUUGCUGUAAUAUUAAUGUUGCUGUAACCUGACUCUAGAGUCUGCCUAACAAAGCACGCUGAUGAGAUGUGUUUCCCAGUUUCAGGCACUGGUAAUUAUACUGGGAGACACUGCUUGCAUGUAGUUUCUUUGAUGAGUAUAUUUGGUUUGAGGUUUACAGGAAAGCAGCUCAGCUUUAUAGUAUUCUUUAAGCCUGCUGCUUGUGAAAUAUAAAUCUUUCAUGAUCUUGUUAACACAGAGGACAGCAUCAGGUACAAUGCUGAUCUACUCCAUUGAGUUUCUACUAGCUGUAGCUCUGAAUGUGCUUGUAGGAAGUGUGUUAGUAGGUGGUGUCUUGGGCAGUUUGGGUGAAAUGACUGCACGCUGAAGCCAGUAUGUGAUUUAUAAUGUUGCAUUUAAGCAAGGAGCUGAUCACAUUGCCUUGCAGGUGCAGCAGUAGAGAGAGAGGCACACAGACAGGCAGCUGUGUUCAGAACAGUUGAAAGCCUAUCAGGUCAUUCAAACUCAAGUGGACCAAUAGAAACAAUCACACAUCCUAAUAAACCAAACUGACCCAGUCACUGCCCAGGAUUGAGUCCGUUCACGUUGGAACAGGCCUGUGCGAAUGCUGCACACCAACUCUGUCUCAGAGCUCUUAAUAAUCUAACUCUAGCUGAAUCUGUCAGGAAUGGCACCUGUGUAUCUUCUGCACAACUCCAGUGAUCUCAUUACAUUACCUGAAUAGAGGUUUGUGUGGUUGAGUUAUUAAGGGAGUGUUUGUAAUAAGUAUCUGGGCUGGAACGGGGUCUCGCUGUGUACCACCCAUCACCAAGUUUCUUUUUUCUACCACUGUAAUGUGAAGGAGCGUGCCUGAGGCUUUGGGAUUCACAGCUAUUCAUUUGUACUAUCACAGCACCAAUACCAUUAUCACAAGACCUCCCUUCUCUUGUUAAUUACUUUCUUUUUUUUUUUUUUAACUUUGUAAUGUAAUAAUUGAAUUAGGAUGAUUCAGCAAUAAUACAAAUAAAAUCUUCAAUUUACUA